UCGAAGUGAAAAUGUUGAGCUGAUCGACUCACCUCAUUUUGUUGAUUGUUUUUGAUUUUUUUCUGUUAAUUAUCUUCAUCAAUUAAAGAUGAAUUUCUUCAAUUAUUGUUGUGUAACAUCAUGGAGAAGAAUCUCAACAACGGCUUCUCUUUGGGCAGAACCAAUGAAAAAGAAACGACGAAUUGAUCCAAUUUUAUUGAAAUUGAGAAAUGAGAGGAAAGUUAAACGUUUGGAGAAAAAUAUUCUGAAAAUUGAAAGAGGAGCAAAACAAUUAAAACCAAUUGUUGAACUUUCUCUUCCCCCUCAUGUUCAAAAAGAAAUGGAAAUUCGAACCCGUGCCACUUGUGAUUCCAAUGCUGAGACCAAUUUUCGUAAACUAUUAAGAUUAUGGAAUGUGUAUCGGACUUACCAAAGUAGAUCGGAGUAUCGAUGUGCCAGAGGAUUAAUUGCAUCUCAGGAGAAAGCUCUAGAUGAGUUAAAGAAAGUUUCGCCUCAUCUUUGGGCUCAGGCAAUCGGAUUUGAUCAAAAUCUAAUUCCUUAUAUUGAGAAUCAAACUGUCAAAACAACACCAGCUAAUCCAAAUUACACACCGCCUGAUGGACACAUUAAAGAAACAACCAAAGAAUGGAAACUCUAAUUAUGUAAACUGUUUCGAUUGGCUUUACUUUAAAUAACAAAUGUAAAAUGAAGUAUUGUGUUGAAUAGAUUUAAGAAGAUUCAGAUGUCA